AUGUCGCCAACGCCCACGCCAACAGUGCUCUGCCCGCUAACCCUCCCGGCCUUGCUUCGCUACCUUCUCACCACGCAGUCAGAAACAUGUCAAACACUACUGAUCGUUUGCUCGAGUCGGGAUAGCUUCCUUCAAGAUCUUGCAACAUCACUGCACAAUCACCGUGAACAUGACGCGGAUGGUCUGGAGCAGUUGGUUGCGCCCACCCUUCAAAACUUACUCACGACACGGCAUGUCAAACUUGCAUUCUGCGCGUCUGUGCAGGCCUUGUUAGCCUACUUGACCGCAUAUGGUCGGGCUGGAACCAGUGUCGCUGCCGAUGCCGAGGAAGAGGAAAGGGUCGUCCUGGUGAAUCCACUCGCUUUGCAUGCGUCGACAUCUUCCUUCUCAGCCCAGGGCCUGUCCAGAUGCUUCUCGGCGGCGGCAGAAGUCGCGCUCAAACCAGGUGUUACGCUCUACAUCGCUGAAUGCGAGGGUAGGCGCGAGCGUCAAGAAGAGCCCGAUAGUGACGACACAGACAUGGCGAAUGAUGCCCAAGAGUCCGCCGCGGAAACUCGCAUGAAAGAUCCGUGGGAACAGGACGUCUCUAUUUUGAGUAUCUCGGCUCGGAAAAUCGGAUCUGGAAGCGGCGACCGAGCGUGGGCAGGUCGUACGGUCAAGGCGAAGACAAUAGCUGCCAGGUGGUUUCGCUUCUACGAUUUCGAGGAGCAACAAACACACGCAGACCAAGGGUGA